AUGCCGCCGAAGGGAGUGCGACGACGUCGCGAGCAUCAGAGAAGUCGGAAUGGGUGUGUCUCUUGCAAACUUCGCCAUAUUCGUUGUGACGAAGGGAAACCGUUCUGUCGCAACUGUCUGAAAAACGGGGCCUCUUGUGGAUAUCCUGCUCCAGCUUCAGACAAUUUAGACCCUUCAGCGAAUGUGACUGUCGAGCCAGGGUCGCUACUUCCAUCAAUAACUCCCUCAUAUACCUCCACAACCCCUACUCUCAACCUCCCUCGGUCUCAGGGAACUCUGGAAUCUACCUCAGCUCCGAAACACCACAGAACGGAGGUGAUUUCCUGGUAUUCAAAUAUGGCGCAGCCCUCCUUCAGCACAAUGCUCCCAGCCGCAAGGACAGAUCCAUUCCAUACCCUUCCUCUUGAGCUUUCUCGUGAAUCGAAGAUGUUGUUGGAUCAUUUUACAAACAACCGAAUUCUGCUUCAAAAGACUGUGCAAUCGAGACGAGAAUACGAAUUGUUUCGAUUUGCAACCUCAGAUGCCGCUUUGCUGCACGGCGCACUUGUCCUAGCUGCCAGCAAUUGGAUGAAAUUGUGUGGUGGCCAGAGAGCUUUUAUUGAACCAACAUUUUAUCAACACAAAACAGAAGCAAUUCGAAUCAUUAACGAGAGAAUGGGAGACAGCAGUGUCGCUACUAGCGAUGCUACCGUGGGAGCUAUUGCGUGUCUCGUGAUCUUGGAGGCGCUCAAUGGAGCUGCUCACAUUGCUAAAGUCCAUCUGAACGGUCUGAAGCACUUGAUUGACUUGCGUGGAGACCUCCAUUCCCGCACGAUGAACAAUUAUCUGCAACGGAUAGUCAUGAUCGCGGACUUACUGACUUCGUCUGCGACGCAAACCAAACCAAUCUUCCAAGAAAGUCCUCCGCCACUGGCAAAGGAGACGAAGGUCCCCGCCUCGACUUUGGCUGGUGCUGGUGGGAAUUUGAAUUACAUCGAACAAGAACGCGGUCUUGAUCCCGAAGCAGCGAGCAUGUUCGUGGAGCUGCACCGUGUUUCGUACCUGAUGGAACAAAGCGACAACGGAACAUUUACAUUGGAGAAAGACGAUCUUUAUCGCUCGAUAUUUGAAGCUGAGAAAUCCGUCGAUACGCUGCUGCGUGGGGGGUCGUGCACUGCUCGGACCGUCAAUAGCGUGCUGUCGAACAGUGGUUGCUGUGUCAUUGCUGCUAACAUCUAUGUCUAUCGUUCUCUGCGCAGGAUCCCGUUGACGAGUACGCUCUACGACUAUAUGGUGCGGUUGUUGAAGCAGGAUAUUGAGAAUGUCGCGGACACCGUUCGGCAAGUUUUCCCAAGGGAGGUGUUGUUCUGGGUAUUCUUUGUUGGCGGGUCAGCGGCGAAGGGACGACGCGAGGAGUCGUAUUUCAAGCAGCAGCUGGCGGUGAGCCGGCAAGAUUUGCUGAUCGCUACUUGGGAAGUCGCAAAGUUUGUACUGAAGAAAUUUGCCUGGGUUGAGGGCUGGAAUGAGGAAGUUGACGCGGAGCUUUUCAAUGGCCUGAUUCAGGUCGAAUAAAUGUCGGUAUCGGAGUCUUGGCUUCCUUUCUGGUACCACCAAAGCAAAGCUGAGUGGAGUUUGAAGUUAUUAAACAUAUAUUUGAUAACGAGGAAAGAUGAAACGACUUCAAAAAGCUCGAAGGUAGCUUCUAUCAGUUUUUAGAAUAUGCGAGCGAAUCUCAGAGUGGCGAAGGGCGGUUC